UCCUGCAGCGCUUUGGCCUGUUCAACAGGGCAACCAUGAAAGCUGGUUCAAAGAAACUAGAGCGGCAGAAAGGCGCGAGGCAGUUCGUCUCGGCUCUUUUUCUAGGAGCUUGUCUCCUGUGCACUGUCUUCUGGGGCUCCUGGCUGGCUGCCUUGACCACCCUGAUUCUGACCGCCGUCUUUCACUGGGGUUUGGCACCUGCAGUCAGGUUUCGGCAUAUUCCAGGCCCCUCCUUCCGCCCCUUCAUCGGAAACCUCCCAGAAUUAGCGGAGAAGGAGUAUCCUGAGCUGAUCUAUCAGUGGUCGCUCCAGUAUGGCCCUGUGUUCCGCUUGUUCAUGGGGCCAUCUCCAAUUGUGGUCCUCAGUGACGCUGAGAGCAUCAAGACUGUGGGAGUGAAGCUCUUUCAGGACUUCCAUACACGGCCUCCCAUGCAGUCCACUGAGACAGCACCGGUCGGCAUCGUCUUCUCAAAAGGUGCAUAUUGGGCUGGCGCUAGAAGUGCUGUCAUGCCCCUCUUCCACAGCGAGCAACUAGAGGCUUACGCGCUCGCAAUCCACGGGGCUCUCCAUAAGAUGCAAGCCAGGCUUACAUCGGCCAUUUCUGAGGAAAAGCCGAUUGAACUCAAGCGCUUGACGCAGCAGUUGGCGAUUGACAUCAUUGGGAGGGCAGCCUUCGGGGUCGAUUUUGAUGCCCAGAACGAGUCAACCACGAGUCCUCUCGUUGCUGCCGGGAACGGUGUCAUUGACGCCAUGAAGUUUGGCAAGGCUGCGCCUCUUGACACAAUCGUCGGCCUCUUCUUCCCGAAGUACAUCCAAGACUGGACGGCCGAGGUGUUGAAGCGGAUUCCAGGAACCCUUGCGAACAUGGGUUAUGUCAACCGAAGGAUCUUAAUGGACGUGGCGCAGCAAACAGCGCAUGAGAGGAGGACAGGUGGCAGCGCGGAGAGAGACUUUCUGACGUAUCUGGCGAGAACGGCUCGUGUGAAGGACACGGGGAGGAAGCUGUCUGACAAGGAGAUCCGCGCCAUCUCAAUGGAAGUGCUGGUGGCGGGAUCAGAGACAACUGCCACGACGAUUGCGAUGGCAGUUUAUUUCCUGACGCUCAACAAAGAGGCGCAAGCGAAGGUGUAUGAGGAAGUUGACCGGAACGCCAAGGCUGGCAUCAAGGAGCCGCGCUAUUCGGACCUGUCCAAGUACCCGUACGUUGAGCAGGUUGUGAAGGAGACGCUGCGGAUCUUUCCGGUGGCUCCCAUGGUCACGCGGACAGCCAACCGCACGUUGGACGUUGCGGGCGUCCGCAUUCCCGAGGGCACCCAAGUGUGGCUGGCGAUCAAUAACAUGCACCGCAACGAGCUCUACUUUGCGGAUCCCGACCGCUUUUGGCCGGAGCGGUUUGACCCCCAGGGAGCGGAGCAACUUCGAAGGCACCCGUACGCCUAUCUGCCGUUUGGUUUGGGCCCCCGUAUGUGUGUGGGCUUCAAACACGCCCGCGUGGCCGAUGAAAGUGCUGGCCGGGAUCGUGAUGAAACCAGCCGGAGACCUUCCGGUGGACGUGCAUAUGCGGUAGCACAACUGGUUGCUCUUCGCCACAAAAGCGUCCCCACCGACAGCUCACCCUCCGGCAGAAGAGAACGUCAUCAGAGUUUGGACAAAGCAGGAUUGAAACACGUGAGGGCAAUGAAAAAGUUUUCGUCCUUGCACUUUCAUGUUAGCCAUGUUUCGGAGCCAUCGAAACACUACGGCUGAAUAGGUCAGAGAACGGAGCUCAAAGACCAAGGUUGAGUAGAUUGUUAGAUUCUAAACAUCGACUAGCACGAAUGAAGGUUCUGUAAUACUCAAAGAAACGCGUAGCGGAAAGUAAAGUCGUUAAGCUGCAUUUA